AUGUUCCAAGUGGAAAUAAAUGAUUCUUUGAGGGCGUUCUUGCAAUGCCUCUACGAGAGUAAAGUUUUGUCACAGGGCGAGCACGAGACGUACCUGAGGGAUGGGAGCAUGCCUCUCGAGAGUCUAAUAGCUCUGUACGAUGCAAACUCUAGUAAAACGCAAUUGGGGAUCAAACAGCUACUUACGCCCUUGAACUUCACAGCCAAACCGAAGCCUGCUCCCGGGUCGUCAUACUCGCCCGAAUUCAAACAACACUUGGAUGCGUUGAGAUCGAAGUUGGACGAACAAGAGUACCAGAAAAUGGUCGGGAAUGACCACAGGGAUUCCAACGGCGCCUUGGGCUACAACGAGACGGACGAAUGGAUAUCCCCCGCGCAGAUGAGCAAACAGAUAAGGGAGCAAGUUACUACUGUUUUCAACGUGCUCGUGAGCGUCGCAUCUGUGGUUUUCGCGAUAUGGUACUGGUCAAAAUCCUCCAAACGGUUCCCAACACAUAUAAGGAUCUUGCUGUGUCUGUUUUUUGGUCUGCUCGUUCUUAUAGCGGAGGUGGUAGUGUACAACGGCUACUUGAAAAAAAUUGACGAGGCGAAGGGGAAAGAGAGGACGAAGCGGGAGGAAAGGAAAGUGGUUAAAACUAUAAAACUUACAACCAACACCAAGAGAUCACGGUCCGUCACGUCCGGGAAGAAAAACGCAUAA